AUAGCCCUCCGAAUAUCAGCAUUCAUGAGGUUGCAUAGCAUUACCAAUCAUACAGUGUACAUCGCUAGCAGAGAUAGUCCACGGCCAAGUUCAUCUCGGCAUGUUAAGUACCCCAUCCUUGUAGAAUCACCCCAUUACAAUUUCUGGUUGUUCAUUGGCUAGUUCGACAUCACCACAUCGAAGGUAUUCAUUGCGGGGAUCCUUCGAGUACUAAGCCGGGUAUAAAGAUGACGAAGCCUAGACUAGGCAAUAUUCAAGAUUCAAUCUUGGACGAUUGCGAUAUCUUUAACCUUCGACCGGGCGAAAAUGGCGGCCCUGCCUACCUCAAUAAAUGAGCUCGCGACGUUUGACAUUACUUUCGCGUUCUUAAUAGAGCUAUUCUUAUUCAUUCCUACCGCCUCCUUAAUUCUAUAUAUUGCGCUCAAUGAGAUAGUGCGGUUACGAGCCCGGAUUCCUGGAUUGCCGGGCCCGUGGGGCUAUCCCUUAGUAGGAAGUCUGCCGUCUUUGCGCGGUACCGCGACAUCAGAUGAGUACAGAAAAUGGGCUAAACGAUAUGGGGAUGUAUUUCAAGUACAGCUAGGAAAUGUCCCAGCCGUAAUUGUGAAUAGCACAGCGGCAGCUCGCGCACUAUUCAUUACGCAGCGAGAAGCUACAAAUUCACGACCUGUGUUUUAUGUUCUCCAUAAGAAAGUACAGCAAGGUGGACCUGUCACGAGCAUCGGCACCAGCCCCUGGGAUGAAAGCUGCAAGCGACGGCGUAAGGUCUCGGCCACAGCAUUGAAUAAGACCAGCACGGAGAGUUAUUACCCAAUUCUGGACCUCGAAUCACGAGCAUUCAUCCUGGACGUCUUAUCUAGCUGCAAGGGUGGGGAGAUAUCCGUCGAUAUACUUGACCUUACCCGCAAGUUUGCGCUGAACCUCAGCUUGACACUAGCUUACGGAACCCGUGUUGAAGAUGUUAAGGACCUACAUCGGGAUCUGGUUAUCUCUGAGAUCAUCUACAUUGAAGAAGAGAUUUCGAAGUUUAGAAACCCUACAAGUAACUUCUCUAAUUACAUUCCGCUAUUGCGACCCCUAAACACGAUCGCGGGGUGGAUCGGACUCCAAAAAGGUUCGCAUAUGGCCGAUGUUGGGAAACGCCGAUAUGCAUACCAUCGGGUUUUGCAGGAUAAGCUAAGGAGAGACAUCGCCGACGGUGUCGAUCGUCCGUGCAUUCAGGGCAACGUACUUAAAGACCCGGAGAGUAAAGGUCUCACCGAGGGAGAACUCCUAAGUAUUGGGCUUAGCAUGCUUGCCGGCGCUGAUACCACUAAGCGCUCAUUGAUGUGGGGGAUCUUAUUUCUAGCGCAUCGCCAAGACAUUCAGGAGAAGGCGUAUCGAGCGAUCAGGGAUGCUAAUCUUCUCGAAUCGCCUCACGUCGCAUCAUCUCGUGUAGAGUAUGUGGAGGCUUUCACGAAAGAAGUCGGUCGCUUUUACGUAGUGCAACGUCUAGCACUGCCAAAAGCCACUUAUUCCCAGGUACACUGGAAAGGAGCAACUAUCCCGCCUAAUACGCUACUAUUCCUGAAUUCGUGGGCUUGCACAAGAGAUCCCUCGGUAUUCUCAGACCCUGAAGAAUUUGAGCCAGAACGCUGGAUGGGUGGGGACCAGACUGCAAAUCGUCACCAAUACGCCUUCGGUAUAGGAGGCCGAAUGUGUGUAGCGAGCCAUGUCGCGACCAAGGCGCUUUAUGCUGCAUUCUUCCAUCUUAUCGCACACUUCCGAAUACUUCCAGCAGAGGAAACAAUGGAUAUUCUUGUCGCAGAUCCGAUAGAAGGCCUGGUCACUCGAGAGAACCCUAUUGCAGGCCCAAAGGCAAGGAUGGUGAGAUUUGUCCCGCGUCAUCCCGAUGUGACCCGGCGAAUGCUGUCCACGGGAGAUUUAUAGAACAUGAAUAAUAGGUUCAUAAGCAUGGGUUGGAUGAUGGAUAUAUCAAAUCGAAUUGUAACAGGCCAUAUAUGUGUUUGUGAAACUCGAAAAGGAGGGUAACUUGGGGUUACCUCAGGGUUGGGGUUUUACUAACCCCUUUAUUACUAAUCCGCUCGGGGAUAUCUUGGAAUUUAGAGACAGCACCGCCGGA